CUGUUAUGACGUCAUAGAUCACAGGAACACAAGCGAACCAUUUUGACGCAUAAAUCCCAGGCAGCUGCUGUCUUGUUUACAGUUGUCACCACUUAGUUGUUUGACACAAGUUUAUCGUCAUCGGCAACAAGAUGAAGUUUAAGUUUAGGGAAGAGCACACGCUAGAACAAAGAAAUGCAGAGUCAACAAAGAUAAAGGAUAAAUAUCCAGAAAGGAUUCCAGUGAUUGUUGAGAAAGAUCCUAAGUCACAGAUACAGGAUAUAGACAAACGCAAAUUUCUUGUUCCCAAUGACAUUUCUGUAGCACAGUUCAUGUGGAUUAUUCGUAAACGCAUUCAAUUACCAUCAGAAAAAGCUAUCUUCCUAUUUGUCGGCAAAGUCCUCCCACAAUCAAGUGCCAGUAUGGGUCAGGUAUAUGAGGAGCACAAGGAUGAGGACGGUUUCCUGUACAUUGCCUACAGUGGAGAAAACACAUUUGGUCACUGAUGAUUAUCUUUAUGUUCACGUAAUCACUGGUCACAAUGCUGUGGACAUUAGACAGUGUAUCCAUUAUUGGUUAUCAUUAUGGACAGAACCAUUUUAGAUUGUGUUUUUAUAGCAAGUUUUGGUUAAAUAAUAUAUUACCAGUGCAUCCAGGCAAACAUAAUUAAUUUUAAAGUCGGUGUACUUAAUUAACAGAUGGAGAAAAAGCAGUUGUUUAAUAAAGACUUAAGAUAGAUGUGCAAUUUGAACCACAUAUUAAUUAUGGAUAAUAUUUUAAUGUGAUUUUAUUGUGAUAAUGACUCUUAUUUAAGGUGGUUUCAUUAGCUUCUUGCGUUUAAUAAUUAUGAAAAAGGGAUAUUGUAUCUAUUUAAAUUCAGUAAAUCUUAUGGCUAAAGAACAAGCAUUUUUUUGCAUUUAAAUACAGAUUAACCAGACUGUUGUGACAUUUGUAUGUUACAUUCCAAGAUGUCACAGAUAUGAUAUUGAUUUCAAAAUCUACUUAUGAGUGUCCUCUUAUGGACCUGCCUAGAUGUUUUAGGUAGGAAAUUAUCAGCUGAUGUUGAGGACAGUGAUCAAGUUAUGUGGUGUUAAUAAUGUGUUAUGAAUAAAUGUAUGGUGUCUCAGAAUUUACAUGUCUAUGUACAGUAUGAUAGGUUUUACUCCAGGAAUGAUGGUUUUUAUCAGUUUGAUAAUUGAUGGCAGUUAUAAUGACAAAAAUCUGUAGCUUGUAGCUAUGCAUUAAACACUAGUUCUCUUUUAUGCUUAUUAAUGUUAGGAUAGAAAUGUUCCCAGCCAUUGCAAGCAUAACUAUAUUCAUCCUCAACAUAUCAAAUUUUAUUUUGGCAAUGAACAUUCUCAAUAACUCAUCUGUGAACUUAACCUAUAAAAGUAAAAUUAGAAAAAACAUUAGAAAUUUUAGAUUUAUGUUGAUAAAGAAAUUAUUAUAACUUCCUGUUCUGUGUAAUUGAAAAAAAUUGAUAUGACUUGUUCUGAUUUUGUAUGUACAGUACCAUAAUCCAGUUUGUAUUUCUGUUAUUUUUUUUAAUUUAAUUAAGUUUUAUCUAGCAUUAAUGGCACUACCUGGUCAACAUGUAAUCAGAAGCAAUGGUGAACAUAUAUGGGAAUAUCUGAGCCAUUAGCAUCAAUCUGUUCCAGUACACUUUUUUCCAGCAGUUUUCUUAAUCCUGUAAUCAUGACAUUAUUUCAUCAUUUUUAUCAGAUGUGUGUAUUAUAAGUUCAUUGUGUUUUCUGUAAAUAAAGUUAUGUUACUGAAAUAGA